CCUCAAUUCAACAGAGUAAGAAGACACAAAAGAAGAAUUCGUCAUGGCUGACACCGCUACCCCACAGAAGAAGGCCAAGGCAGCCAAGCCUAAGGCUCCAGCAGCUCACCCUAAGGUCGCCGAGAUGGUGGUUGCAGCUAUUGCUGCCCUGAAAGAACGCGGAGGAUCCUCUGGCCAGGCCAUUAAGAAGUACAUCGCGGCCAACUACAAGGUGGACAUCGUGAAGAUCGCACCAUUCAUCAAACGUUACCUGAAGAGCGGCGUCACUGCUGGCACCCUAGUCCAGACCAAAGGCAAAGGUGCUUCUGGCUCUUUCAAACUGAGCGCUGCCGCUAAGAAACCAGCAGCGAAGCCCAAGAAAGUAAAGAAGCCCAAGGCAGAGGCAAAGAAAGUGAAGAAGGUCGCCAAGUCUCCAAAGAAAGCAAAGAAGUCAGCCGGUGAGAAGAAAGCAAAGAAGGCCAAGUCUCCCAAGAAAGCUAAGUCCCCCAAGAAGGUGAAGGCAGCCAAGCCAAAGACAGCGAAGAAGGCCAAGUCUCCGAAGAAGCCGGCCAAGAAAGCCGCCAAACCCAAGGUGAAGAAGUCCCCUAAGAAGACUGCCAAGAAGGGAGAGUGCCAGGGUGGUAACGAUCGCAUACAACCCANCAAGUCUCCAAAGAAAGCAAAGAAGCCAGCCGGUGAGAAGAAAGCAAAGAAGGCCAAGUCUCCCAAGAAAGCUAAGUCCCCCAAGAAGGUGAAGGCAGCCAAGCCAAAGGCAGCGAAGAAGGCCAAGUCUCCGAAGAAGCCGGCCAAGAAAGCCGCCAAACCCAAGGUGAAGAAGUCCCCUAAGAAGACUGCCAAGAAUNUCACUGCUGGCACCCUAGUCCAGACCAAAGGCAAAGGUGCUUCUGGCUCUUUCAAACUGAGCGCUGCCGCUAAGAAACCAGCAGCGAAGCCCAAGAAAGUAAAGAAGCCCAAGGCAGAGGCAAAGAAAGUGAAGAAGGUCGCCAAGUCUCCAAAGAAAGCAAAGAAGUCAGCCGGUGAGAAGAAAGCAAAGAAGGCCAAGUCUCCCAAGAAAGCUAAGUCCCCCAAGAAGGUGAAGGCAGCCAAGCCAAAGGCAGCGAAGAAGGCCAAGUCUCCGAAGAAGCCGGCCAAGAAAGCCGCCAAACCCAAGGUGAAGAAGUCCCCUAAGAAGACUGCCAAGAAGUAAAUGAAUACUUCUGU